AUGCCAAACAAAGAAUAGAAUUUAACUAAUGAAGAUGAUUUUUAUUAUAGAUACAAUCAGGAGCUAAUUAAAAAAGAAAAGACUGUAAAAUAGGCUUAAUUAGCUUUGCUUAAACUUGCUUCAUUGGAAAAUCAAGAAGAAGAGCAAAAACCAGAUUGGUCUAACUAAAUUUUGUUUCCAAAACACAAAGUUAACUUUUUGAAGUAGUUAGGAAACUACAUGGAGGAUUGCUCAGUCAAUACAACAAAUUUUUUUAUAGAUGAAUCAAACGAAAUGAAGUCAGUAAGUAAAAGUAAAUCUAAUAAUAUAAAACAGACUCGAGGAGCUUCUCUUGAUGCGAAAAUAAUUGAUAAAAAUAAAAAUAGCAGCAGUCCCUAAAGAUUAAAUAUUUAUGAUAAGAAAAUAUAUGCAGGGAUUUUGAAAGCUGACUUGUAGAAUUUAGAUAAAGAUAUAUUUUAGAAGAGGUCUUAAAGACAACCUCGCUCUUUUUCCAAAAAUUAUAUUAUCGAAGACUUGAGUUAGUAGUAAUAAUAAUAAUAAGAAUAGCAAUCAUAUAGCAUAGAUCCUACUAAGUAAAUUUAAUAAAAACAUUAAGAGAGUCAGUGCUUAGUAAUUCAUCCAGCGAGCUCUUAAAAUACAAAUAGAGAAUAGACAGCAUUAAAGCACCUUAAAGAAACACAAAACACAUUUCAAAUAAUAUAAUAGAAAGAAUUUAAUUCUUCCUCACCUUUCCGAUUAUAUCCUAGUUCUAAGCAUAUUAGCUAAGCCGUCAUUAAAAAUAAUCAAAAGCAAUCCUCAUAUUCUAUUUUAGAGCAUGAAUCUCAAGACGAUGAUUUAGGAGAAAAUAAUGCAAACUAAGAUUAAAGUUCUGAUUCAACAAGAUUUACUCCGCUUUCCCUUGAUAGAAAAAAGAGCAAGUAAUACCAUUAAAAUUUAAAGAGAUAUUUCCAUGAAAAAGAAAGAGAUUAAAGUUUUUUACAAAAUAAUUCGAGUUCUAAUUCGAUGACAUUUUGUAAUUCAAAUGGUAAAAACUUUGAAAAUAUUAUUAAAAUGAAGCCAUUCGUCAUAUCUAUGCUGCAUAAUUCUACCAUGAUCUCUAAUAAUAGAGACUUGAACUGUGGCUUAGAAAACAUUAAUUAGAAGGAUGGAGAAAGCUAAUAUCACCAUGACAGCGAAAAACAAUAAUUUUAUAAUGCCCAAUAACAUUAUUUGAAAACCAAUUAAUCAGAUCGUUCUACUUCGAAUCAUAUUACUAAUAAAUCUAUAUCUAAUUUUAACUCAAUUGAGGACGAGGAUGAGUACAAGUACUUUACUUAAAAGAGAAAGGUAGUCUUUUCAUCUGAGAAAAAAUAAAUUUAAGAUAGACCAAAGACUUCUAGUAUUCAUAAUAAGUACUAAAGUGAGCAAGAAAUUAAUCAGCAAAACAAAGAGAAAAUCCUUGACAUAAUUAAUAAUACUAAUUAAUAAUCAUUGAUUUCAAACAGUUUUGGUGGCAUUAUUAUUAAUCAUCCUAAUUUCAAGAAUUUAAAUUAUUAAAAUUAACAUAAAGAGCAUUCAAAGGAAAACAAUAAUGAUAGUGAUUUAUUUAUAAAUAAAGGUGCUCUGUAGAAUAAAAAUAAAUUUAACAUGAUUACAAAUAAGCAAAAAAACUAAAAAAGAUAGUAAUAGCAGCAGUUAAUCUGCAAUACAACAAGAUAAAUAUAAUAACCAUUUUAAAAAUCAAGUAAUUAUGAGCGUAAUUCAAGCUUAUAUUAAAAUUAAGCAGCAACUGAAAGAACUGGAAUAAAAGUUCAUCCAAAAUCAAGCAGAGCUGUGACAAUUGAAAAAGCCAGAAAUUCAAUAAUAAACAAAAACAAUUAAAAUAUUAGCUUAAACAGUAGUUUUAAUGGAAUUAAUAAUUACCUCAAUAGCAAUAAAAGCAAUGAUAUUUUUAAAUAAUCUUUUCAUCAAAACUAAUAAAUUGUUUUCAAUUAAUUUGCAUAAAGAAAUAACUUUAUAGGCUAAAUAGAAUAUCAACAACAAUACGACAAAUUAAAUAAAAAAAAUAAUAUUUUUAAAUGA